GGAGGACGGUAUUUGAAUUUUCUCCGGUUGAAGAUUUUCGUCUUCCCCUAGACUGUCUAUAUUUUGAUUACAAAUCGAAAAUGAUAACAGAACAAAAUUCGAGACGCUAAGUAAGCACGUGAAUUGCAGAAAAAUCGUGUUCGUAACUUGCAUUAUUCAAUUAAAUGGUUGAUUAAGUUGAAUAAAAAUCCAAUUCGUUAUAGAAACCGUGAAAAACCACAAAAUGGAAGCAGAAGCAGGACCAAGUAACAAGAAUGUGGGAGAUUCGGUUAAUCCGUCUGGACCUAUCUGUUUAAUUAUUCUCGGAAUGGCCGGCUCUGGGAAAACUACUUUCGUGAAGAAAUUGACAGAGAAGUUGUACUCUAGUUCUUCCUUACCACCAUAUGUGGUUAAUUUAGAUCCUGCAUGUUUGGAAGUGCCUUAUCCUUGUAACGUUGAUAUACGAGAAACAAUCAAGUAUAAGGAAGUCAUGAAACAGUACGGUUUGGGACCGAAUGGUGCGAUAGUUACUUCGUUGAAUUUGUUUGCUACCAAAUUUUCACAACUGAUCGCUUUAUUGGAAAAGAAUAGAGAGAAGCAUAGAUAUGUAAUUUUUGAUACGCCUGGUCAAAUAGAAGUAUUUACGUGGUCCGCUUCGGGAAAUAUCAUUACUGAAUCAUUGGCUUCUUCCUUUCCAACUAUUAUGAUUUACGUCUUGGAUUUGUGUCGUAGUAUGUCACCUGUAACAUUCAUGUCCAAUAUGUUGUACGCGUGUUCAAUUCUGUAUAGAAGUAAAUUGCCGUUAAUCGUUGUUUUAAACAAAGCGGAUCUUGUAGAAUACAACUAUGCUGUAGAGUGGAUUAAUGACUUCGAAGCUUUUCAAAAUGCCUUAGAAUCAGAAACAUCUUAUAUUUCCAAUUUAACACGAAGCAUGAGUUUAGCGUUGGAUGAAUUCUAUUGCAAUCUAAAAAAUGUUGGCGUUUCUUCGAUUGAAGGUACUGGUAUCGAUCAGUUCUUGGAAGAAAUUGAAAAUUCUGCGGUUGAAUACGAGAAUGAUUAUAAAGAAGAAUGGAAACGAAUUAAAAAGAAGAAGGAAAUUGAAAUGAAAAAGAAGAAAGAAGAAGAGGAUAAAAAAGUUUUAUCAGAAUCUGGAAUUGGUGAUGUUGUUCCGUUAGUUACUACUGGUGAAUCAGGAAGCGAAAUAUCAGACAUUUAUUUGAGACAUCCUGCUAACGAGAGUUCUGAUGACGAAGAAGGGGAAGAAGUAUCGAAAUUUGAUACGAUUCAAGAACUGACUGGAGAAGAGAAAGGCCUCAAAGAAUACAUUAAUCGAGAAAUCUUGAAAAGACAAACUCAAAGAAACGAGCCUAAUCAGUCAGAUGAAUGAUUGCUAAAACAUUCAUAAUCAUAAUGUAUAAUAUUAUGGAUUCUGUAUUCUUACUUUUAUAUUUUGUGCCUACUUGUUCAAUUUUGUAAUUCUAUGUUUUUUCAAGCUUUUAUUUCCCAUUUUCUAUUCUUCAUUAAAAGUCACUAAAGUCAGUGAGUGACAAAGGUGAAAUUGGAAUAAAUUAAUAAUUAUUCAUCUUACAGUUCUAUUUUCGGAUACUUCACUUACUGGUUUUUCCAAUACAUUAGAUUUAAAACUUAACAGUUGACACCUUUGGUCAAAAAGCCUGAGAACAUGUUUUUUACUUUUUUCAGGUUUCCAUAAUUGUUUUCAAAAAGAUGACGUUAUUUUGUUUCGUGGUUCUAUUUCUUUCUGUGCAGCGUUUUGCAAUUUACUAUUGUACUAUUCUAUAGAGAUAAAGUGAUUUGCGAACUAAAUUGGUUUUCGCGAAUAGUUAUUGUCCCUGAAGGCCAGAAGAGCCAAAGCAGGACAGUAGUCCUCACUCCUUAGUCUAAAGUUAUAUAUUACUUUACCUUAGUCAUUGAAUUCUGCUGCAGAGUAGAAAAAAUUGACUUGAAUUUCACAACUGAAGCCUGUGGUCGAGGUCAAUACUCUCAGUUCGUUCAAUUGUGUACCUACUGUUAUAAGCAAAUAAAAUUCGCCUUUGGAAAAAUUUGGAUCAAUCAAUUAGGCUGCACUGCAACUGGAAAUCUGUAAAAAAUUCGUCGAAAAAAAUAAAAAAUUAUAAAAUUU